ACGACAACAAUGGAGGUGACAGUGAAAAUGAUAACAAUAGCGACGACAUUAGCGACAGCAACGAAACUAUGAGAAACAAUAUAAAAAUUAAAAAGCAAGAAGAAGACACACUAUCCCAACUCUCUCUCGCUCUCAGCGAUGAGAGAAAUGACCGACGCUGGUGA